UCCAGAUGAAUUCGGUCACACGCAUUCUGAACUACAGCAAAUUGGAAUCAGAAGCAUCAUAUGAAAGUUUACCCGAUAAACGGCCAUCCUCGGAUUGGCCACAAAAAGGGGAAAUUCUCUUCGAUAAUGUUUCUGUACAAUAUUCCAAGGAUAAAAACAUUGUUUUGAAGAACAUAACAUUUUGUAUUCACUCAGGAGAAAAGAUAGGAAUUGUUGGGAGAACAGGAGCUGGAAAGAGUUCUAUAAUUGCUUCGUUAUUUCGCAUGAUUGAGCCAACAGGAACAAUAACUAUCGACGGAAUUGACACAAAAGAUCUUGGUCUUCGGGAUCUACGUAGUAAAAUAUCGAUAAUUCCACAAGAUCCGAUGUUGUUUACUGGUCCUCUUCGAAGAAAUAUCGAUCCAUUCAAUGAAUAUUCGGAUGAUCAAUUGUGGAAAGCCAUAGAAGAGGUUCAAUUAAAAGAAGUUAUAAUUAAAUUGCCUGGUAGAUUGGAUACAUAUUUAACAGAAGGAGGACGUAAUUUCAGCGUAGGAGAAAGACAAUUAAUAUGUCUCGCCAGAACAAUUCUUCGUCAGAAUAAAAUUCUUGUCAUGGAUGAAGCAACAUCUAAUAUCGAUAAAAGGUGGGAAUUAACAAAACAAUAAGAGCUAUCUAAUUUUAAGUGUGAAUUAUUUAUUUUUUGUUUUAUAUUGUCUAGUUUGACUUUGUUUAUAAAUAAGACUUAUUAUACUGGCAUGGAUUUUAAUUAGCAAAUAGAUAAAUACUUAUUCAAGAAGUAAAACAAAAUAUCUUUAUUUUCACAUGUAUUCUCUUUUUUAGUGUGUUUCAGACCGGUAGGCUUCUCUUCAGCAAGUGUACAACAUUAUAUAACAGUUAUAUAAAAACAUUUAUACGACAAUUUUAUACAGUCGACCCCCUAUAACACUGUUGA